AUGGUCCACUUCACCACUUCCACUGCACUGACGGCCGUUUUGGCCCUUGUUACCACUGCUCCGGUGCGGGCUCGUGCAACGAGCAGCAAGUUUGAACUAUUCGCGUAUGGUCAAGGCAUUGGAGGGUUUCCAGUCUUCAAUGUGAAUUGUCAGAUCCCUCAAAAGCAUGCCAACAUCCCUGCCGAGAACGGCACCACAGGCGGAACCGGUCAGAGUGUGUACUUCACGCUCUCUGACGGAUCGCUCACUGCCUUUCCCAACUCGACGGUGAAUGAUACGUCCGGCGGCCUUCCCAGCGACGGUGCCGCGCUUGCCGUCCCCACAACAGCAGGAGCUCAGCUGUUUUACUCCAACGGCACCUCAAGUGGCAUCACCUCCGGCUGGUUUAUGUAUGGCAACGUCUUGAUGAUCCGCGUCAACGGUGCUUAUGCCAGCCCUUUCUCCGUUGUCCCGACUUCCACCGCAGGUGUCUGGACUCUGAACUGGAACGACACCGCCGACUCUUCGGCAAUCCCGGUGACUUUGAAGAACACUCCGCCCUCAGUUCCACCUUCGCGUCCUUUUGGCACAGCCACGCAGACCGUGGCUCAGUGA